CACGUGACAUUGUUACGCCCAGAAGUUGUCCAUUGCCUUGUAAGCGACCCGUCUUUGAAAACAAUAUAUUUGGAAGAGAUUGUAUCCAUAUUUUCAAUCCAAUCCAUCCGUAGAGAGUAGGAUGGCGGACAAAGACGAGGAUGUAUUCAUGGCGAAAUUGGCCGAACAGGCUGAAAGAUAUGACGAAAUGGUGCAAUACAUGAAGAAGGUUGCCAAUACGGGCAUUGAAUUGAAUACGGAGGAAAGAAAUUUGUUGUCGGUCGCCUAUAAAAAUGUUAUUGGAACUCGACGUGCGUCAUGGCGGAUUGUGAGUACUAUAGAAGGCAAGGAAAAGCAAGAAGCCGAACAGGGAAAGGAUAAAGCGAUGUCUGAAGAGAAGCUGGCCAUAAUCAAAGAAUGUCGCGAAAAGAUCGAGAAAGAGCUCAAAGAUAUUUGCAACGACAUACUCGAUCUUCUGGAAAGUAACUUAAUCAAGGGAACGUCGGCAACGAACACAGAGUCGCUCGUCUUUUACAAGAAAAUGAAAGGUGAUUACAAGCGAUACAUCGCAGAAUUCUCAAGUGGCACCGAUAGGAAAAGCUUUGCAGAAGCAUCGCUCGUCGCAUACAAGGAGGCAAUGGAUGAUGCAGCCUCCCUCCAACCCACAAAUCCUAUCCGUCUUGGUUUGGCCCUUAACUUCUCUGUGUUUUAUUAUGAGAUCCUCAAUGCCCCUGAUCGUGCAUGUCGAUUGGCCAAGAACGCCUUUGAUGAUGCGAUAGCAGAACUGGAUACACUAGAGGAGGAUUCGUAUAAAGACAGUACCUUAAUUAUGCAGCUUCUUAGAGAUAAUUUAACUUUAUGGACGGCAGACAUGCAACCAGACAGUGAUGGUACCAGCAAACCUGGUGACAGUGAAUUACAAGAUGUGGAGGACCAAGAGUUAGAAGAUUAAACAUAUUAAAAACUAUAAACAAUAUCAAAAGGACAUUUUCAUUUUUUAGCUUAAGUCAUUGUUCUAUUAAAAUGUGUUUGGAGGAUUUUAUAUUUUACACUGCGAACUGUAGUUGCAAACUUGCAAAAAGAUUAAAUAUUAUGUUUGUUUGAGAUUUCAUUAGCUCUUCAUUCCAUCAAUUUAAGUGGCGUGCAGUAGUGCAACUAUGGAUUUAGAACACAAGAAGAUACAGAAGAUUUUGUUAGUUAAAUAUUAGAUCUGUAUGGUGCUGCAAUGUGUAAAUAAAACAUGAUAAUAAUAUUGCUUUUUCUGCAGAUAA